UACAAGUCGGUCCUAUUCUGCUGGGACUGAUCGCAAUGAACGGGUGUCGGAGCUCUGCACGGCAAAGGAGCAACCACAGCGAGACGAGGCGAUCAAGGGGAUGCGGCAUCGGUACGCGGGAGCUGUCCAUCAGCACCACAUCCCCAACGACAAGCAGGAGAGCAGCAGCAGCAGCAAGCAGAGCCCAGACCCAGCUCCUGUUUUCAGCCUGCCGCCCCCGCCCUCUUCUCACCACCGAGACCGCACUUCGACCACCGCCGCUCACCGCCAGAGCCUCCAGGAGCUCCCCUGUCUGAGCCAGCCCACUCGGAGACCUGUUCACAGCGGCGACCCACUACCUCUGGCCAGCUACGACACCGCCCAGCGACCUUCACACCGAGGCAGUGAACCCAGCACCGGGCAGCCGGCGCACCUGCAGCAGGAUCCCUGGGCCCCGGCCGGCUCUCAGCACCAGCCGCCGCCGCCGCCGCAGUCGGAGAAGCAGCCUGUUUUUCCGAGCUGCCACUGCAGUUUUUCCGAACAGGAGGCGAGCCUCUCUCAAAAUCAGCCCCAUCCUGUCGAUCCUCUCUCACCGCAGCCCUCCCCACCUUUUCCAAAGCCUAUACCACCGCCACCAACGUCGUCCUCCUCCUCUCUGCCGUUUUCCCGGGAAUCUAAAAGAGGGGAUCGUCUCCGAAGGAGUGCCAAUAAUUACCAACAGGCAAGCAUCGUGGAACGCUGCAGGGGAGGAGGAGGAGCAGGAGGGCACCGAGACCACAGGCAGUUGUUGCAGCAACAGCAGCAGCAGCAGCAGCAGCAGCAGCAACAGCAUCAACAGCACAGUCAUUUAAGACUCCAACUGAGGGACCCCUCCCCUGAAGGAAUCCGUGCAAACUCGCAGAAAGGGCGCUCUUUAAAUGUAUGUGAGUCAACCGAAGCUAACAGGAGAGCAUUCGAGUUUCAGACUCAGGACCUGCAGCAGCAACAGCAGCAACAGCAACAGAUCCCACAAUUACGAGCGCAGCAACAGCUACUGGUGGGGAGCAGCUUGCCUAUCAACUACUGCGCCAGCGGCUCAGGAGAGCUAUGUAGGACUCACCAGGCUUCACUGCUGCAACAGCAAGAGCAGCAGCAGCAGCGGCAGCAGCAGCAGCAGCAAGGCGCACUGGGGCUCUGUCCCCAGCGCCCGCAGCACUGUGACCAAGACCGCAAUAAGUCUGGGAGGAUCACCGUGCAAGGCGACCAGGCGCAGCCACACAGCCGCGACUCCCGCGUAACCCCCCCGGUAACACAACAGGCAUACGCGGGGAACUCGUCUGCGACUGGCAGCAACAGCAGCAAAGACAGCCCCAACUACGGCUCCAGCUAUCACCUGUGGCCUGAGAGCCCGCAUAAAGGAGAGGAGAGGAUUCACAUCGACCUCCAUAAGGCCACUACUGAGCAGAAGAAGCUGAGCCAUGCUGGAUCCAAGCCCUCCCUCUCCGAGAGCAGCGGCCGACUCCCUCAGAUAGCCAUGAACACCUGCAAGUACAAUGGCGGAGUGGUGAGACCACUAGUGGGCAGCCUGGCGUCCUCGUCGCGCCGCAACCUUGCGGAGCUUGACUCGGAGACGCAGCCCUUGCAGACGUUGCACAGCUCUGGCUUGGAGGUGGUGGUGUCCAAGGGCAACGGCGGCGAAGACCCCAGCAAGGCGUCCAAUGAGAGCUUGGUCAGGGAGGGGAGUGGGCGUGGCGGAGGCAGGGCGCCGCAGAAGAAGAACAGGGACAUUGGCUAUAAGCUCGGCCACCGGAGGGCGCUGUUUGAGAAACGGAAGCGGCUCAGCGACUACGCACUCAUCUUUGGGAUGUUUGGGAUUGUUGUCAUGGUGACAGAGACGGAACUGUCAUGGGGGGUUUACACUAAGGAAUCUUCAUACUCAUUUGCACUGAAAUGCCUUAUCAGCCUUUCCACUGUUAUAUUGCUUGGUCUUAUAAUAAUGUACCAUGCCCGGGAAAUCCAGCUGUUUAUGGUCGACAAUGGUGCGGACGACUGGAGGAUAGCCAUGACGUAUGAGCGGAUCUUCUUCAUUGUGCUGGAGCUGCUGGUGUGUGCCAUCCAUCCCAUCCCGGGUCAGUACGUCUUCACUUGGACGGCGCGGCUGGCCUUCACGUACACGCCAUCGGUGGCCGACGCUGACGUGGACAUCAUCCUCUCCAUCCCCAUGUUCCUGCGACUCUACCUGAUCGGCAGAGUCAUGUUACUCCACUCCAAGCUGUUCACGGACGCUUCGUCUCGCAGCAUCGGCGCUCUCAACAAGAUCAACUUCAACACACGCUUUGUCAUGAAGACCCUCAUGACCAUCUGUCCAGGAACUGUUUUGCUGGUGUUCAGUAUAUCCUCCUGGAUCAUUGCUGCAUGGACUGUGCGCGUCUGCGAGAGGGAUACCAUGUAUCAUGACAAACAGGAAGUGACCAGUAACUUCCUGGGAGCCAUGUGGCUCAUCUCGAUUACCUUCCUCUCCAUUGGCUACGGGGACAUGGUACCGCACACGUACUGUGGGAAAGGCGUGUGUCUGCUUACAGGGAUUAUGGGGGCUGGUUGCACUGCUCUGGUUGUUGCAGUGGUAGCCAGGAAGCUGGAGCUGACCAAGGCUGAGAAGCAUGUCCACAACUUUAUGAUGGACACACAACUCUGCAAACGAGUAAAGAACACAGCUGCCAAUGUACUCAGGGAAACAUGGCUCAUCUACAAACACACUAAGUUGGUCAAGAAGAUAGAUCACGCCAAGGUGCGGAAACACCAGCGCAAGUUUCUCCAAGCCAUUCACCAAGCUCAGAAACUGCGCAGUGUGAAGAUGGAGCAAAGAAAACUCAACGAUCAGGCCAACACCUUGGUGGACCUGGCAAAGACCCAGAAUGUGAUGUACGACCUGGUGUCAGAGCUGCAGGAGCGCAGUGAGGAGCUGGACAAGCGCAUCGGCACAUUGGAGGACAAGCUGGACUCGGUGACGGGCAGCCUGCAGGCGCUGCCCUGCCUCAUCUCCCAAGCCAUAACCCAGCAGCAGCAGGACUUCCUGGACGGCUUUGUUCACCGCUUUCGGCCCGCCUCACUAGCCUCAGAGCGCUCUGAGCGUUCUGAGCGAUCUUGGACUUCCACCGCCCGCAGGCGGCGCUCACCCUCCACAGCACCACACACCUCCUCUGAUAGCGGAUAACCUUGACAAACCCUCCACAGUCGCCUUCAAGCUCCAUACUUCCCAAAACAAAUCGUCACCUCAUUCUGUUUCAUCUAAAACCGUACCAAUAACCACUGGUGAGUCCAUGUCUGGACUAAUGAUGACCCCGUAUCUUAACCCCUGACCUGAUCCUUCCCCAACAUCAAAUCCAAAAACCAAUUCCUCUGUGACUGAGCCUCACAGCACAGGACUGGAUCAGAGCUAUUCCAAAAGAACAAAGAACGGCAAACAAAGACUUAAAUCAAGAAAAAAAACACAAAUGCAUCUAAAAAAGAAAAUGAAAAAAAUUUUAAAAAUGACUGAAAACCGAGAUAAAGUAGAGAUAUGGUUUAUGUUUUAGCCAUUGUAUGGCUGUUCAAGUUAGCUUUUUUGUAAAAGCCCUUGUAUAGUUAAAAAAUGACUGAGUUCAGGGUCGCUGGGGUGAGAGCUGGCUAUCACACCGGAGAGUCCUUAACCUCAAAGGGGAAGUUGGUCUGUGGAGCUGAGGGCCUCGGCUCACCUGCUGGCCCUCUGAGGCCAUGGAGGACAUAUGUCCACCCAUCCGUCCGUCUAUCUGUUUGUCCGGUGAGGAGAGCGAGACAAAACAUUGGAUUUCCCUUUCAAAAGACUAGUGUCAUGGACUCUUUCCCACAGAUUAAGGUGAAAGCUUUAGGAGUGGCUACAAAUGAUCUGACAUCAGGUCAGUGUCUGAAAAUGCACUUAAGGGGAGGGGAAACUGUCACACAAAGAAGAGCAAAGGGGAUGCACAUGGCAUUACUACUGGGUAGGAAAAAUUUACACAAUUGCCAACUUCAAGGGUUCAGCUUCCUUGUUCUUACCAAGGGAAAAAUGAGAGCGACUAUCUUUUUUAGUUACAUAUUGACAUGUGAUUUUUCAGUGCCUGAAUGUAUAAAUAGUAGAGGGUUAUUUAAUUACUAAUUUCAAAGCUUUUUUACGAUGUUAACAGUCUGAAUACAGCAUUGCAUUCCUUUUUCAGAUACAUUCCUCUCCAAAAAUUUAAAGAAAAUGUCUUAAUGUAAUGCAUAACAUUGCCUCCAUUACACAGCAACUCGUAAUGUUUUAAUUUUUUUUCUAUUUGUACUAACACAGUGAGAAAAUGGAAAAAUUUAGAGAGAAAGUGCAAGUGAGACAGACUGAGAAUGAAUAUUUGUGAGUGUGUUUGUCAGAGAACGAAUUCACUUUUAGCUCAAUGCUACUCACUCACACACACAACAAUGAAAUACGUAGUCAUCUACUUUUCUCACCAACACUAAUUCGAGUAUCCUGUGGUCUUCAGAAAAUGGCAUGGCUUGAAGUCUGCUGAUAGAAUAUAUGGCCACAGACGCACGCACACACACACACACACACACACACACACACACACACGCACCUACACACACACACACACACACACACACACACUACAGGUCGAACUGAGAAACAAGCCCCGCCCCUUUUGCAUGGUUGUGUGCAAAAACGACAAUGGAACUUCCUCCGAUGGCUUGAUGCUUUUACAUGAUUUACAUAAUUUAAAUUUUAUUUUGUUUACAUCAGUUUGUUUGUUGCCUUUCUUUGUUUCAUUUUGUGUUUUUGUUUUUUUUUUUACUCAAUUUUCAUUUUUUUUACUAGGAUACAUAGGGUUUUUAGAGUUGCAGAACCUAGAGAGUUGCAGUAAUGUGAUUCUGUAAUGCAUUCCCUGUUUAAAAUAUGAGGUGAAGAUAAAUCUCUAAUACAAAAGAAUCCUGAAAGGAUACAAAUAAAAGUGCUGAAGAAACUUUGGUGGUUACAGAACAGUGAAUUGGUCUCUGAACAAGUUUAACAUUACAGUAUUCUAACAACAUGGAAACACAUUCACUGAAAUGAAAGCUUCUGAGAACAUAUCAGUGGCAUGGGGUAUGAUGCAUCCUAGAGCUGUGAUGACUUGUAAAUGUUUGAUCUGAAGAGAAAAAAUAUUUUCCAAACCAAAUAGGAGCAGAUCAGGAAGUCAGUGAGUUAGCGGGCUAGCAUGCUCUCCUAAAGUAGUUUGAAUGGUAGAUUAUCCCACAACGUCCCAAAACGAUGAUAGUGCUAAAAUUCAUUUUAUGGCCCAAAUAGAAUCGCUAUUAUUUCCUGCAUCUGAAGUAUUUUUAGGAUGCUUGGGGAUGAAAGUCAAUCCCUCUGAGAUGGUGAAUGAGUGUUCACUCCCACAGGCUGAGGACUGACCAGAGAGCACUUCAUUUAAGAACAUAUUCAGUUUACUAAGAGUGGACCUUAAUCAAGCAUGAAUAUUAGCUUUUUUCCUUUCAACUUGAGUUGAUGAAGCAUGACUCUUUACUGCCCCCACCUCUAACCACUUCUCGUACAGUGCUACACUCCACAGGGGAUCUAUCAUGUCAUUACAAUCUCUGUUUCAAUCAGUGUCAUUCAUUGAGUCAGGAAGGCUAAUGGAAGACUAUCUGCUUGAUUAUGACCUCACCUGCUUGUUCGUAUCUAAGGUUUCCGCCUCUUCAUUACAUCAGAGCUUUAGCCUCUCGUUUGUCAUCUGUCAUCAUUAAGAGCAUCAGUCCCUACGCACUAAGAGGCCUCCCAAAUGGCCUGCAGCAAAGACCUUUCAGUGGUUCCAAAGAAAAAAAAAAAAAAAACAAGAAAAAAUCCAGUACAAGUGAAAGAAGCAGGGGAACCCGCAGGUCAUGUUCCGUGUUGCACUCAGUGUGUAAUAUUCAGUUACACCAGGAAGGAUCACAGAUGCUGAAGUGUCUUCCCCAGAGAGAGGUGACAGCACUGGUGUUAAGGACUUCAUCCCUCAUCAGGCAGAAGGAGAGAGUAGACUUUUUUUUUUUUUUUUAAAUAAAAUAAAUAAAUAAAUAAAAAGACAGAAAAAUGAGAGCCAUAGCUCAUUUACUGACAGACGUCUGUUUUGGCUCAAGGGGGUUGUGAACAGCUCGAGUGGGUGUCCUGUAAAUAUGACCUCAUUGUAGAUGUCGCUAAGUAAACGGGACAAACGGUGAACUGCAGGGGUAAAGGUCGCAGGGUGCAGUGCGCAGCAUGUUGCAGAUAUACAGAAAAACAACACCUAGACAGGACCGGAAAGAUAUCAACUGUAGCAAAUUAAAAUCCAAGUCAUUUACAAUUUAUUUUCUGCUUAUGAUCCAGGUUCUGUCAUUUUAUUUUUCUUUCUUUUGUAAAGAUCUUUUCCUUUCAACUGCUUUUUCUAGCCUUUCCUCUAUCACCAAUCAAGACCUGCCAAAAACACCAUUCCAAUAUAUAAUAGUGACCCAAUUUUCUCCUCUGGAAAAUAAAAUUCACAGUAUUUUGUAGUGAAGUGAGGGACAUUCAUGACGUUAUUCUGAUGAUGGUAGAUAAGUCCAAGUGAUAAAACUCAUCCCAGAGUCUUUUAUUAUCCAGACAAGUAGGCUUUCCUCAUAGAGCAGGUAUAAGAAUACACUUCUACUGAACAAUAACAGUGAAAAACCCCCAAAAGUGAAGAAAUGUAACCCAUCAUUGUUCUGUGUACACUGCCACAUGAUGCAUAAUGUACGUAGUAGCACUGGAAUAAAUCAACUUUUAAUGGAUGGCAAAUGGGUUUAACAUGGUAUGUUCUCUGUAUACUGUUGCUGUUCCUUCAUUUUGCAGGUGAACUUUUGUCCUAGAGAGGAGAGACACCAAGAUCAAAUCAUUAAAGACUAUCUUCAGCUAUGA